AUCACUUGUGUAUCAGAACAAUAUUCAGAACAACCCUAGAUACAGUGUUGUUUGAUUGUGGUUGUAGUCAGUGUUAAUUAAUGUUUUCUUCGUGGUUAAAAAUACUUUUGCUGGGAAAUUAUUUACUACUUUAAGCUACGACUGAAUUGAUUUCUGUGGAUUUACUAACAGUAUAUUUAUUUUAUACCUUUAGCAACAAUACGAAAAAUGGACAAAUUAACCUUGAUAUCAGGAACACUGUUUAUGGCUGCAGAUGUUUUUGCUAUUGUGAGCCUUGCCAUGCCAGACUGGAUUAUCACUGACGUUGGAGGGGACACUCGUCUUGGACUUAUGUGGACUUGUAUGACCCUGUACAAUAGACCCCAGCUGUGUUUCACACCUGACCUGCAGCCUGAGUGGCUCUUGGCGUUGGUCUGUAUAUUUGUUGGAUGCAUUUGUAUUACCACCACAAUUAUUCUUCUUGGCUCGUCCCACUGGGAUAGAAACGUCAUUCCAUAUGCACGAUGGGUUGGCUUUACUGCAAUGGUUUUGUUUUGCUUGGCUGCUGUAAUUUUCCCGAUGGGUUUCCAUGUGGAUGAGAUCGGAGGCCAACCGUACCAGUUACCCAACAGUCACCAGGUCGGUGUCUCUUACAUCCUGUUCGUCCUGUCUCUCUGGAUCACGGUCAUCUCAGAACUGUUUGCCGGCAAAGUCUGCCUCCCCCACUUUUAAUUUAAGUUACAGAGUGGUGCUAGGUUUCCGUAAUAUUUUCAACAAUACUACGGUUGAAAUAUAUAUAUCAGCUAUAAAAAGUGGACUUUCACAAUACAUGACAGUCAACUCCCCAUCAUGGACAGUCCAAAUACAAUAAACAGCAUUCAAAAACACACUUAAAAAAGUGGUAUUCAAAAUACAGUAGAUACCACUGGAGAAAAGGAGAAGUGCUGAUGAAAGAGCAUACAAACCAUAAAACCAAUAAUUUUAUUUAUAUAAGUAUAGCUGAUCUUUCAAAGAACUGUUUUAUAUAUUUUAUUAAAUUUUAUUUUCCAAAUAAUUAGCAAUAACUCAAGAUUACCAAAUUUGUAAAAAUAAAUUUGUAAUCCUCUUUUAGCCUUAUUAUGCUCAUCUUCAUGAUAUACUGGCAUGUUUGAGAAUGUUAUCAAAUAGAAUAAGAGAGAGAGAAUCAGUACAGUGCAAAGUUGGCACAACAGAUCAAAAGUAUUAUGGUCAUAGACAGGAUUUUAUCUAUUAGAUAUAUAUAUAUAUUCACUUCGGUUGUAUAAUGCAGAAUUGCUCUAUUAUAACAAAUUAGACUUCUUAGUUUAAAUUUCCUUUAAUAUUUCAGCUUUGCCGUUUUCAAAAAGGUAUA